AAAAAUAAACACUAAAGAAGAAGUUGCCAUAGAGACGCUAUUAGCGAUUUUAUUUCCAGAUCUACAUAUCAACACUGUGUUCAGUGUCGUUUGAAUGAAAAUCAUCAGCUGUGAAGAAGGUGGAACACAAAGAGGAACAACUCAAGUGUAACCACAGACAUAUACUGACAUAUUAUUGCAAGAGUGAAGACAUGAGUGAUCCUAAACCACACUGGAUGAAAAAUGAAGAUACUCAGGAACAAAGAGGUACGACGGAAGUGAAAGAGGAAAGUCAAGAACUAAAUGAUGUGGAUCAGAAACACCAUCAGUAUCCUAAAUCUAGUCAUUUCAUAACUGGUGAAGAAACUGUUUGUUGCUCACAGACUGAAAAUAAUUUGUCACAAAAAAGAACUCGAAGAACAAAAGCCAAAAAUUCCUUCACCUGCUCUCACUGUGGAAAGAGAUUUGCACUUAACCGAGAUCUACAGAGGCACCUGAGAAUUCACACAGGAGAGAAGCCUUUCACAUGUCCUCAGUGUGGAAACCGUUUCACACAAAAAGGACACCUCAAAGAUCACAUGAGAAUUCACACCGGAGAGAAGCCUUUCACAUGCAUUCAGUGCGGAAAGAGUUUCACACAAAAAAGAAGACUUAAUGAUCACAUGAGAAUUCACACCGGAGAGAAGCCUUUCAUAUGCCCUCAGUGCGGAAAGAGUUUCACACAUGCAACAACUCUUAAAACUCAUGUUCUCUAUCACUCUGGAUUAAAGCCAUUUAACUGUGAUCAGUGUAGCAAAGAAUUUAAACUGGCGUCAGACUUAAAGAUGCACCUCAAAUCACAUAUAAAUGAAAAGCCUUACCUGUGUUCUUUUUGUGGAAAGAGUUUUUCACAGCUGAACAAUUUUAAUGCGCACCAGAUAAUACACACCGGUGUGAAAGCUCAUGUGUGCUCGGAUUGUGGUAAAGCCUUUAGCAGAGCUUACGACUUGGAACGGCACCAAAGAACCCAUACUGGAGAAAAACCUUACAAGUGUUCACAUUGUGAAAAGAGUUUCAUAACAUCAGGUAAUUUGAGAACCCAUAAAAGAGUGCACACUGGAGAGAAGCCAUACCACUGCACUUCAUGUGCGAAGAGUUUCACCCAAUCCUGCAACCUACAGACUCAUCUCAAAAAGUGUUGUCCAAAGUUGUCAUAAUGAGCAAAGUUAAUUUCAGGGCCAACACUUUCAAGUAAGUGGGGUGAAAUUCAGAUUAACACGAAAAUGAAAUUCAGAAACAAUAUUAAGUUAAGUUCUGCUAUAUGCACACUUUACCUGAUGAGAGACAGAUCUAGCUCACUGCACGAGCGGGAGAACAGGAGCAUGGAUGUGGAGGUGCAGAGAUUUCCAAAUAUUUUGUUUAAACUUCUUCGCACAUGAGUUCAUAUGUAUUGACUAAUCCUCCAGCAUGAGUUAAUGCAUGCUGUAAUGAAAAAAACAUCACCUUACACUUCACAGCAGGCACGCUGGAGGACAGAUUGUAUAUUAAACAUAUAAUAUGAUUUUAAUAAUAUUUAUGAAUGAUUAUGAUUGAUAAGGUCCCACAGCCGUGUUGUCUACAUUGCAGUGCUGCAUGGGAGUCUGAGUCUGAAUACUCAAACCAGCCCAUCUGGCACCAACAAUCAUGCCACGCUCCAAAUCACUGAGAUCACAUUUUCUCCCCAUUCUGAUUGUUGAUGUGAAUAUUAACUGAAGCUCCUGGCAUGUGAUUGGCUGAUUAGAUAAUCGCAUGGCUGAUUGUUGGUGCCAGAUGGGCUGCUUUGAGUAUUUCUGGGAUUUUCGUGCACAACAGUCUCUAGAAUUUACUCCGAACGGUGCCAAAAACAAAAAACAUCCAGUGAGUGUCAGUUCUGUGGAUGGAAAUGUCUUGUUGAUGAGAGAGGUCAACCUUGGAGUUAAUAUUACUGACAAAUUCUAUUUAAAACUCAAUUUGAACCACUCUAUACAACAGGGAUAAUCAACUGGCGGCCCGUGGGCCAAAUCCGGCCCGCCAAUCAUCUUUGACUGAUUUUUUUUUAUCAAAUUGUCUCACUAUCUGAAAUACCAGAGUGCUCUCUGUGCAAAACUCAGUGUUCAUAGAUGCGAGCCUCCGCAAUCAGUAUUUAGUUUAACUGUCAUCAGUUGUGCGGACUGGAGCACGCGUUUAAACAUUUCUGGUGAUAGUUUAGUUACACUGCUUCGCUAAACAUGGAUCACACCAUUUAGGUGAGCAUUUGAUAGCGUCUUUUUCAAUCAAAUGUAUUUAUAUAAAAUUGCUUGGUUGUGUGGAGUGCAGUCAAAUCUACGGAUGUAAAAAACGAUCUCUGCCGUUGUGACAGAAAUGUUGUCCGCACAUAUGCACAUCAGGCAACAAAAGCAAUCGAUUAUGAAAACUGAAUGUUCAAAGAAAAUGUGCUGAAAAGUGUGCCUUUAUUCACUAGUCUUGAAGUGUCAAACGAUCGUGUGUCAUCUGUUCAGGGUCUGUAGGUUAUUAUUAUAUUUGUGUAAUACAGCUGUGAGUCAGCCCUCUCAAUCACGAACAGCAUCAGCUCAGUUUGUUCUUUUUACUCAGUGAUUAUCUGCACAAAAUUACUCUUGCACUGGCCAUUGUGUGCAAAUUCACAAUAUUUACAGGACUCGUUUUUUCCUCACUGAACAGAUGAUACUUUAAUGUGGCCCAAAGUUUUCAUCCUGAUAAUCUGACCUCCGCAAGAAAGUAGUGGAAGAAUCCUGCUAUAGAAUCACUAAAGAUAAUUUUCAGCAUUGGUCCAAAUCCUGUUUUUCAUAAAUUAGAUAAUAUAAUCUCUGAAUUUGUCUGGAAUGAGAAAAAGUGGUGCUAUAGAAGCCCAAAGCUUCUGGUGGAAUGGGGUUGCCUCACGUCUUUCAUUAUUACUGGGCAGCUAACCUAUAACACAUUUUGUAUUGUCCCAGGCAGAUCUCAAGCACUCGACUGCUUGGUGUGUAGUGGAAUCUUCAAUCUCUGCAUCAGCUUCACUUCCUGCUGUGAUUUCACUGGAAGGAAUCACAACCUCUCAACCACAAACAGUGGUUAAUAGAUGUGAUAAUACUUUUGAAACUUGAAAAAAAAAAAAUAUUUGAUAAAGUUUAGAAGCUUUUCUUCCAGUAUAUAUACAGUAUUUCUCUAGAUCCCCAAUCUCCAACAACUGUUACUUCUGAACAGGAAUAUAUGUUACAACUACAUCAUCUGAUCGCAUCCAUUUAGCCUAAAUGGAUUUUGGUUUGUUUGAGAUAAAUGCAAGAACACUGCUUUAUUAUGUAUAAGAUGUACAAGUAUACGGUGUAUUUACCCUGAAUGAUUAACUAAAUACUAAGCUUUACUAUUUUUAUUUUCUUUAUGUGUAAACUUGUUAGUAUGCCUUUCAAGUUUGAUGUAGCACCUUGUUUGAAAUGCUUAUAACAUGUGAAUGUCCAGAAGAUGGCUAAUGUAUUAGAUUUGAUCUGAAAUGAGGUAACCCGGAAGUAAUCGUCUGUUUCUAUAUGUAAAAGAAAUAGCUUUAACAUACAGCUGAUUCAUGUAAUCUCUAAAAAGAUUAAAAAAAGAGAUGUUUUUGAACUACUUUGAGAAGAUUUGGAACUGCUUUAAACUGUUUAUUAUAUACUAUAUGCAAUUUAUUAGGAACAAUACACUAAUACUGGUUAGGGCCUCCCUUUGCUCUCAAAACAGUCUCAAUUCUUCAUGGCAUGGAUUCCACAAGAUGUUGUAAACAUUCCUUUGAGAUUGUGGUCCAUGUUGACAUGAUUGCAUCACACAAUUUCUGCAGAUUUGUCAGCUGCACAUUCAUGCUGCAAAUCUCCCGUUCUACCACAUCCCAAAGGUGUACUAUUGGAUUCAGAUCAGGUGACUUGGUUGGCCACUGAAGAACAAGAGAGAUGACAGCACAUCUGAAAGCACACAAUAGAUGUGUUCUGCAUCCUCCUGUCCUUCCAAGUUCGUACUUACAAGGUUAGACUGGUCUUAAUAAGAAGACAAGUACGUUCUCUGAGUUCUUAGCA